GGCCCAACCUUGCGUGCACUGGAAUACGCAGAGGUGGAGAGGGACUGCGAAUGGCUCCGCUUCUCAGAAGCCUUCAUACCUUGGCCUCGUGAGCUCCUACGCAGAGGGUCUGGGGACAUGGCCAGAAAGGCUCUCAAGCUUGCUUCGUGGACCAGUGUGGCUCUUGCUGCCUCGGGUGUCUACCUCUACAGCAACAACUUCUUGGACCCUAAUGACUUCGGUGCUGUCAGGGUGGGCAGAGCUGUUGCUACGACAGCUGUCAUCAGUUAUGACUACCUCACCUCCCUGAGGAGUGUCCCAUAUGGCUCCGAGGAGUAUUUGCAGCGUCGAUCCCAGGUGCAUCUCCGCUCUGCCAGGCGUCUCUGUGAGCUCUGCUGUGCCAACCGGGGCACCUUCAUCAAGGUGGGCCAGCACCUGGGGGCUCUGGACUACCUGCUGCCAGAGGAGUACACCAGCACGCUGAAGGUGUUGCACAGUCAGGCCCCACAAAGCAGCAUGCAAGAGGUCCGGCAGGUCAUCCGAGAAGACCUGGGCAAGGAGAUCCAUGACUUGUUCCUGAGCUUCGAUGACACCCCUCUAGGGGCAGCCUCCCUGGCCCAGGUCCAUAAAGCAGUGCUGCGCGAUGGUCGGACAGUGGCAGUGAAGGUCCAGCACCCGAAGGUUCAGGCUCAAAGCUCGAAGGACAUUCUUCUGAUGGAGGUGCUUGUCCUGGCUGUGAAACAACUCUUCCCAGAUUUUGAAUUCAUGUGGCUGGUGGACGAGGCCAAGAAGAACCUGCCUCUCGAGUUGGACUUUCUAAAUGAAGGGAAGAACGCGGAGAAAGUGGCCCACAUGCUCAAACACUUUGACUUCCUAAAGGUCCCCCAGAUCCACUGGGAGCUGUCCACCAAGAGGGUGCUCCUGAUGGAGUUUGUGGAGGGAGGGCAGGUCAACGACCGAGCCUACAUGGAGAAGAACCGGAUCGAUGUGAAUGAGAUCUCCUGCCACCUGGGCAAGAUGUACAGUGAGAUGAUUUUUGUCAAUGGCUUUGUGCACUGUGACCCCCACCCAGGCAAUGUGCUGGUGCGGAAGCGUCCUGACACGGGCAAGGCCGAGAUAGUCCUUUUGGACCAUGGGCUUUACCAGGUGCUCACGGAGGAGUUCCGCCUGGACUACUGCCACCUGUGGCAGUCUCUGAUCUGGACUGACAUGGAGAGGGUGAAACAGUACAGCCAGCGCCUAGGAGCUGCAGAGCUCUACCCGCUGUUUGCCUGUAUGUUGACAGCCAGGUCCUGGGACUCAGUCAAGAGGGGCAUCGGCCAAGCUCCAGUCACUGCCACUGAGGACUCAGAGAUCCGCAAUAAUGCGGCCAGCUACCUGCCGGAGAUCAACCAGCUCCUUAACCACGUGCCUCGUCAGAUGCUGCUCAUCCUGAAGACCAAUGAUCUAUUGCGCAGCAUUGAGACCGCCCUGGGCACCCGCUCCAGUGCCAGUUCCUUCCUCAACAUGUCUCGGUGUUGUAUCAGGGCACUGGCCGAGCACAGGAAGAGGGGUGCCUGUUCAUUCUUCAGGAGGACCCAGAUAUCCUUCAGUGAGGCCUUUAGCCUGUGGCAGAUCAACCUUCAUGAACUUCUGCUGCGAGUGAAGGGCUUGAGACUAGCUUGCUGGGUGUCAGCACUCCUGGGCUGGCUGACUCGGGCUCCAUAUUGAGUGUGACUGUCAUUCCCUGUCCCAUCUCAGUGUCUUUUCACGCCUCACUCUUUCCUUUGUGCUCUGACUACCCACUGGCCCAUGUCUGCCUAGGGUGGUCUUCCAUGGCACCACCACGCUCUGCCGUCAGAUCCCCCUGCUGCAGUGUUGUCCUGGGGGCCCCGGAAUGUACAGCAGAGUGAGGUUUGUUUGUUUGUUUGUUUGUUUUUAACUCUAUGGAGCAGAUAAAGCUACCUUCCUCCCAUCUCCUGUAUGUGCCAUUGGCUUGGUCAUCCCCACUUUUAUGGGAUUGUCAGAAAGGAUGGACCAACCCCAUGUGCCACGGGGGCAUGUUUAGCUUGUAGGGAAAUAAGUAGCGUCUUGGAACUCACUAGAGAACAGACCUUGUGUUUUUGCCAUAUCACUCCCAAGGGUGUCCCGCCUCAGCGAGGAAGGGUGCAUCUGAGAGUAACUGUGAAGCUAUGGGUUGGUGCUGUUAUGGGGACACCUUCAGUGUUGUAUGUAUUGUGUUUCAAUAAACCUUUUCAAGGUUGCAGGGACUGUUUCUUCUGACUCAAU